ACCACUCUGCACAGAGGAAGUUCAGGCUAAACACCUCAACAAGCUGUUUUCAAUUCACAAUCACAUUUUGUCCAACUCAACGUUGUGUUUCCAUUUGUCAUUCUGGCCUGAGGAAGAAGCAACAUUAUAAGGAGAUUUAUGAAGAAAGGCUGACUUUGAUAGCGUUAUUAGUAAUUAGUUAUUAGUGUUAUUCUUUUUUUAGUAAAAUCUUUUCAUUAGGACUGUGCUGUCCUGCUGCUGCUGACAUGGAUGAAGAAACCCCACUGCUGACCAGCACACCAUCUAAACCCAAGAUCAACAACUCCAAACUGUUCCUGGCCGUCUUCGCAGCCGUCUUGGGGAACUUCACUUUCGGUUACUCUUUGGUCUUCUCGUCCCCGGUCCUGCCGAAGCUGAAGAGCCCUGAUGCGGACCCUCGGCUCAGGAUGGACACGGUGCAGGCCGCCUGGUUCGGCUCCAUCUACUCACUUGGUGCAGCCGCAGGGGGGUUGGGGGCCAUGCUGCUAAACGACUUGAUUGGACGGAAGCUGAGCAUCAUGAUGUCAGCGAUACCGUCCACUAUUGGAUACAUGCUGAUGGGAGGGGCUGUGGACUUGUGGAUGCUCCAUCUGGGGCGUUUCCUCACAGGCGUUGCUGGGGGAAUGACAGCGGCAUCCAUUCCUGUUUACAUCUCAGAAAUCUCCCACAAAACUGUGAGAGGAGCUCUGGGCUCCUGCCCUCAGAUUACUGCUGUGAUUGGAGCUUUGGUGCUCUAUUCCCUGAGUCUGAAGGUACCGUGGCACUGGAUGGCUGUGGCAGGGGAGCUGCCGGUUCUGUUGAUGGUUGUGCUGUUGGUGUUCAUGCCCUAUUCCCCCCGGAGGCUCCUCUCUCUAGGCAGGAAUGAGCAGGCUGAGAGGGCCCUCCGCUGGCUGAGGGGAGAACACUAUAACACAAACGCUGAGUUCAGAGACAUACAGGUAAGAAAACACAUUCAUCGAGCUCAGGGCCAUAUAGCUAACACACAACCACAAACACACAUCAGGCUCAGUGCUGUACG